AUGGACUUCGUCUUCGGGUUUCCCAAAGACGUUCACAAGAAUACUGGUAUUCUUGUGUUUGUUGAUCGGUUCAGCAAGAUGGGAUCCCCGCUUACAGCGGAGUUCCGGCAAUCCGUGUUCCGUCAACUUGGAACACGUUUGACGAUGUCAACUUCUGACCAUACCGAAACAGAUGGUCAGACGGAACGCGUCUACCGCGUCCUCGAAGAGAUACUUCGAGGGUAUGUCCACUCGUUCACGAGCUGGAUUGUGUUCUUGCCGAUGGCGGAAUUCACCAUCAACAACUCGGUGCAUGCGUCGACAACGCAUACACCGUUCUUCGUAAAUGCCUACGCCAUCCACGUUUACCCGUCUCCUUAG